GCACAAGUAUCUAGUGAUUAAUGUCACACAUACUGCAAAGUUUCUCUUUGGGUAUUUUACUUAUAGUAGUUCUCCCCCACAAAUGUAUGAAGAAAGGAGGAUGAAAAAAAAAUCUUAAUUGUUCAUGUCUUCGACUUGCUGUUCAUGAUAAGGAAGGUAUGGGUGUGGGCGCCAGUUUCAAACACUAGGUGGCGAUAAAAAGAUUUAGAGCGCUUGAUCAACUUAAUAGAGCAAGAAAUGUGUCACGUGACUCGGACGGCUGACACAUACAAGGGCGAAAACUCUUGAAUAUUCGCACUGAAUUAUUCGUGUUUGAAUGACGAUAUGGUGUCUGUUGCUGCCGGAUGCUUUAGACGGAGUUUGAUAUGUCCGCUAGCUUAUCAAACUCCAUGGUGUGCGCACAUACGGCGGUGCAGCUCCUCCAACUCUGCACCGCAACACGACAAGAAACAAAAGAGGUCCAGAGUCAAACCAGCAGCCAGUCCCACACAUGACUGGAUUGGACCCCCAAAUCAACUGUCCAACCUCCGUCCGAUCAUCUAUCGCACCCCUGAAAAUGAGACUGAACUUGAGAAACGUCUCAGACACCUGAGGCAAGAAACAGAAGACUGGAACCACACCUUUUGGGCAAAGCAGAACAUAACUUUCAGCAAGGAAAAACAAGCUUUCAUCAUCUCACAGUUGCAGUCAAAGGGAUUGUCCUUGCGAGAUGAGCAAGGUCACCGACGAGCCCUGAGCAGUGAAGAAAUGGCUUCGUUUUAUAAAGCUUUUUUGGACAAAAACAGAACUCGACAUGCAAAUUAUAACAAGGAAUGGUACCGCCGCAACUUAACCAUCACCUUUCUCAUGGCUCGAGUCUCUCUGUGGAACAUGUGGAAAAGACUUGCAAAUAAAUAUAACACAAGGAAUAACACUCCUACAGCCUGAUUUCUGACAUGGAUGUGUCUUUUUAAAAAAUGUGUGUGAAUAAAACAGUAUAAUAAAAUGUUUUUGUGCAAAUUGUGUGAUAAAUGAACUGAGCAUUUAUUACCUGCCAAGAAUGAUAAAUAAA